CAACCUUUACUGUACAAAAAGUAAACAGACGAUAAACUGUUCAUGUCUAAUCUGUGCUAAUUUAACCUCUCAUUUUUUUGUUAAAGAAGUUCCAUCAAAUUUGAUUCAGUGAUUAAAAUAAAUAAUGUUCACUCCAAAUUCAAUCCAAGAACCUCCAGGAUAUCUUGUUGAUCCUCCAAUCGAAAGACCAUCAAAUCGUUUGGUUCAACCUCAACCAGCUACACACUUGGUGCAGCCAUUUCAUCCUCAGUUUUAUUAUGGAGCAAAACUACCAUUGACCAAUCCUGAUGGCUGGCAGUCAGGUCGUCCAGUGCCUUUUAGUCCACCAGGAUUAGAAAGCUUGAUUCAAAUUGAUGCAAUUCACGUUCAAAAGAGAGUUGACUUUUGUGGAAGCAAAUAUCAUAUUAAGAACAUCAAAGGCCAAAAUAUAUUCAAUGCUAUUGAAGAUCCCACUUUUUGCUCAACGUUUUGCUGGGUAACUGUUAGACCAAUCAAUUUGAAAAUUACCGAUUCUGAGGAACGAGAAGUUAUAAAUUUCCACCGGCUUUUGAAAUGUCAAGACUGUUGUUCCCCUUGUUGUCUUCAAAGUAUACAAGUUACUGCUUCUGGAGUCGUUUGUGGUUUUAUUGAAGAAACUUGGAGUCUUUGGCAAGCUAAAUUCAAUAUUUGUGAUGCUUCUGGCGAAACAGUUUUACAAGUUAAAGGGUCCUUUAACAUCUUUCCCUGCCUUGAUGUUAAAUUUAAAGUAUUAACACGAGAUGGUAAAAUUGAAAUUGGUUGUAUUACUAGACAGUGGCCUGGUUUAGCUCGAGAUGUAUUCACCGACUCUGAUCAUUUCGACAUUUCAUUCCCAAUGGAUUUAGAUGUUGCAAUUAAAGCCGUAUUAUUGGGAGCUUGCUUUCUAAUUAUGGUUUUAUGAUUUUACAGGAUUCGAUGUGAUCUUACUACUGCAGCUUUGAAAAGAGAUUCAUCUCUCAUUGCCAUUUCUUUAUCGUUAUUCUCAUUUGCCAAACUUCUUGUAACCAUUAAUAAAGGAUUUAAAAUAAACUUGGAAUUCCAUUUUUCUUUUAA